AUGUGCAGAACCCGUCGAAUCAAGUGCGACGAGACCAAGCCAACAUGCAACCAGUGCGCCAAGUCUCGAAGAGUCUGUCCGGGCUACAAGGACGAGUUUGACCUGGUAUUUCGCAAUGAGACGCAGGCGACGGAGCGUCGGGCCAGGAAGGCCAACAAGAAGGCCACCGCGCAGAAGAUCAACCCUGACGCGACCAUGACAGUGCUAUCUCCCGACGGUAGUCCAUCGGGGAAACAGCUGCAAAAGUCGCCGUCUCCUGCACAAAGUAGUUAUGUCGCCUCCGCUCUACAGCUUCCUUUGGACCAGCAGGCAUCUUGUCACUUCGUCUCCAACUAUGUUCUCAUCCCCCGCCAGGGCUCAACACGAGGCUUCAUGGAGUACCUCCUCCCCUUGAUGAAGACGGAACGUCCCGCUGAGCACUUCAAGAACGCUUUCGACGCUUGUGCAUUUGCGAGUCUGGGAAACAGGGUCGGCGUCGGCCAUGAUUUUGGGGAGAUUGCACUGUCGAGGUACACAAAGGCUCUUUCCUCGACGUACAAAGCACUCCGAGAUCCAGAGCUCGCCAAGCAGGAUUCCACACUGGCGGCUAUCCUGUUAUUAGGAUUGUUCGAGAACAUUUCCGCGAAGCAGCUCGGCAUGCUCGCCUGGGGGUCACACAUUGAAGGCGCCAUUCAACUCGUCCGCGCAAGAGGCAAGAAACAACUACGCACCAAAGCGGGACUCCAUCUUUUCAUUGCCGUCCGAACCCAGAUGAUCAUCCACACUUUGAGCAGCGGCAAGUCCCCCAUCAUGGGCGUUGACUGGUGGAUCAACGACGCCGUCAAAGACGAGUCGGCUGCGUCAUGCCAACGUAUCGCUAUCCUUGUCGGCGAACUACGCGCAGAGGUCAAUCGUCUGCUUGGGACGCUCACGCGGACUGCUGAGAACAUUGAACUCAUCCUGGAUCUUAUGCGCAAAUGUCAGCUUAUGGACCAGGAAUGUGUUGCUUGGUCGAAAGAUCUCCCAGAGUGCUUCGAGUUCACGACGGUGGCCUGGGAGGACAAUGUGCCGAACGGGGACUACUCCAAGGCAGAGGUCUUCCCCGGCAGGGUCGAUGCCUACCAAGAUCUUUGGCUGCCUAGCGUGUGGAAUCUGAUGCGGACAUCAAGGAUCAUCCUCGCUUCUCUGAUCGUCCGUGGGGCUGCUUGGGUCUGCGCCCCUUUGGACUACAGGACGACACCGGAAUACGCCACAGCAGCGCGGACAUGCGUCGAGUGCAUUACGGAUAUCCUGGCCUCCGUGCCAUUCCAGCUAGGCUGGUUCGCCAACCGCAAACACCUUCUCGAGAGGGCCAAUUUGUCAUCUUUCAUAUGUGGCCACGAGGAUGCCGAGAAGGGUCUUCCUGGAUACUUCUUGACAUGGCCCCUGACCUGCGUGCUGGGGCAAGACUACGCGACCGAUUCCCAGCGAGCCUGGGUGAGGGGGCGUUUGGAAUUAAUCGGAAACCAACUUGGCGUGAGAUACGCGCACAUGCUGACACAACUUAACCUGCGCAUCCCAUCUAUGCUCAUACGCCGCGAUGGUCUCAUGGCCAAGCACCUCCCCACCGGACCGGACUUUGAGAAGCUCCUUUCGAGCAAGAAUACAUCGGCAGCGGAGUAUCAGGCAAAGCAGAAGGCAGCGAUGCAGCCGCCGGGACAGCAAUUGCUAAACCCGCUGGGAGAUCAGUGGCCACCGAGAUCGAAAUGGCAAAGUGCGCAAAUGGGGAACGCCGCGGCACAGUCUUAG